AUGGAGCACCUUCCUACUGAACUCAUAGGGAACAUCAUUUCUCGGCUAGGACCUGCCCGAGAUGUUGUAAUAGCCUCUACAACUUGUAAGCAAUGGCGACACGCCUUCUGCUCUCACCUUCCCACUCUUUCGUUCAGUUCAAAUGAUUGGCCCUCGGACCAUGGUACCAGUCAAUUAGAAAUACUUGUAUCUCGAACGUUAUUACAAACCACGGGAUUGCAAGGUCUAUCGAUUUCAAUGGACGAGAUUGGUGAGUUUUCGGCUUCCGUGGUUAUUUCCUGGCUUACGGGGGUCGAUCCCAAUUACCAAGGGUUCUCUUGUCUGAAAUCCCUCUCCCUGAAAUAUGUCAGUAUUUCGGCUUUGGAUCUGAGUCUUUUGCUGACUGCCUGCCCAAAAAUUGAAAUUCUGGACCUUGUCAAUCUAGAGAUAGCAAUGUCAGAUACACAGCACAAGGUUGAACUGCGCAGUCCCACGUUAAAGAGUAUUUGUGUUGAACAAAUCAGUUUGGAUGAGUUCAUAUUGGAGGCUGAUAGUCUUGAGCGUUUGCAUUUGAAAGAUUGCCAGCUCAAGCUCAUUAAACUGGUUGGUAAGGGUACUUUGAAGCAGUUGGUGAUCGAUUAUGUUACUUCUAAUGCUGUUACUUCUACACACCUUGAUAUCGGUGAUAAUCUUCUUGAAAAUCUUGAGGUUGUAGAUAUCUACGAAUUCACAAUCAUUUGGCCACAGUUCUACAAGAUGAUAUCAAGAUCAUCAAAACUGAGAAGGCUACGGCUCUGGGAUGUGUUCUUUGAUGACAAAAAUGAGAUUGUGGAUUUGGAAACAUUUUCUGUUUGCUUCCCACAGCUAAGCCAUCUUUCUUUGUGGUACGUGUACUUAAGAGAUGGAGUUCAUUAUGCUUUACCAGGCUCUUCUCAUUUGGAGAAUGUGAUUGAAAUGGAGCUUGGAUGGACUACAAUAAAUGAGCUCUUCCCAGAUUGGGUUGAGGGAUUGGUUAAACGAUGCCCAAAUCUUAGGAAGUUGGUCAUUCAUGGGCAAGAUAUGGAUUCCGAAGAAACAGAGGAAUGCAUGAGACUUACAUCAUUGAUUAAACACCUCAUCAAUGAUAAAUAUGAGCACGUAGAGGUUUAA